CGGAGGCAGUAUGCUGAACGACGUCAACAUCUCGGCGAUAUUGGACUCGUUCUCCGUCAAUUACGAUAAAAGAGUAAGGCCGAACUACGGAGGUCCUCCUGUCGAGGUGGGCGUCACCAUGUACGUCUUGAGUAUCAGCUCGCUAUCCGAAGUGAAAAUGGACUUCACGCUGGAUUUUUACUUCCGGCAAUUCUGGACGGACCCGCGGCUCGCGUUCAAGAAACGGAAGGACGUCGAGACGCUGAGCGUCGGCUCGGAGUUCAUCAAGAACAUCUGGGUACCCGACACGUUCUUCGUCAACGAGAAGCAGUCGUACUUUCACAUCGCUACCACCAGCAACGAGUUCAUUCGUAUUCAUUACUCGGGAAGCAUCACACGUAGUAUACGUUUAACGAUCACGGCAUCGUGUCCGAUGAAUCUGCAAUACUUUCCGAUGGACCGACAGCUCUGCCAUAUCGAGAUCGAGAGCUUCGGAUACACGAUGAGGGACAUCCGGUACAAGUGGAACGAGGGCCCGAACAGCGUCGGUGUCAGCAACGAGGUCUCCCUGCCUCAGUUCAAGGUCCUUGGUCAUCGUCAACGAGCCAUGGAGAUUAGUCUAACUACCGGAAAUUAUUCGCGGCUGGCCUGCGAGAUCCAGUUCGUACGGUCGAUGGGCUACUACCUGAUUCAAAUCUACAUUCCCUCGGGCUUGAUCGUCAUUAUCUCGUGGGUGAGCUUUUGGCUGAACCGUAACGCGACCCCCGCUCGGGUGGCCCUCGGAGUAACCACUGUGCUCACCAUGACCACCCUAAUGUCGUCGACGAACGCGGCGUUACCGAAAAUCUCCUACGUCAAGUCCAUCGAUGUUUACCUGGGCACGUGUUUCGUCAUGGUGUUUGCCUCGUUGCUCGAAUACGCGACGGUGGGCUACAUGGCAAAGAGGAUUCAAAUGAGGAAGAACCGGUUCCAAAAAAUCGCAGAGAGUAUGAAGACGGCGAGGGAGAAUCCAGGACCGCCCGGAGUACCAGGUGAUCACGGUGAUCACGCGCCUAAGCAAACUGAGGUGCGGUUCAAGGUGCACGACCCGAAAGCACACAGCAAAGGAGGAACGCUCGAAAACACUAUAAAUGGACGAGCCGACGAGGAGGCAGCGCCCGCGCCGCAACAUCUCAUUCAUCCUGGCAAGGAUAUCAGCAAGCUUUACGGUAUGACGCCAUCGGAUAUCGAUAAAUAUUCCCGCAUCGUGUUUCCGGUAUGCUUCGUCUGUUUCAACCUGAUGUAUUGGAUCAUCUAUCUGCACAUCAGCGACGUCGUGGCGGACGAUCUGGUGCUUCUCGAGGAGGCGAAAUAAACGAAGAGAAUCCGACGAUCGCGCGUGUACGGCGAACGAAACGUGCGGUUAAAGACAGAUACGAAAGUAUUGGAAACAAGGGGUGGGCCACGGGGUGAGACCUGUUCGCAGAAGGGACUAAGAGAUUGAUCCACGAAACUGAGAAUCAAUGUCCCACCGGAGUGCGACGGACUAAAAUAACGCUGUGAUUACUUCGAUACGAAGGGAGAUAGAGAUAAACUGUACAAGCUGAACCGAUAUAUAGGCACACGAAGAAGAGCAAGAAAGAUCGUAGCGAGAACGAUCGAAGAUGAAGGUCUCUCGGUUGGCGACCGCUAAUGGCUGACCUAACCGUGAACGCUGUUUCGAUACCAGAUGGAAAGUGUCAGACCAAAGACGUCGUCGAAGGGGUAUACGAAGGAAGAAGCCAGGCCUCUGUGCCUCGUCGAGUAGCGGCAGUAGAGACAGUCGCUGGUCAGACACGACGGACGACUAAAAUGCGCUGUGACUACUACUUCGCGACAUUCCAAAUCGUUGCACGCCGAUUUCCAUCGCUCAAUCUCGUCCCCGGGUUUGAUCGCGACGACGACGCGAGCGUAUAUUUAUCCACGAUACGCGCGAGAGAUGGAAAGUGGAGAAAAGCGAGAGAACGCUGGCAGGAAUGGAGAAAAGGAAAAGAGAGAAAGAACGAAAAACGGAUGAGAACAAACGGAUGGAAAGAAAUUCGAACUAACUGCGAAUCCACGAGCGUGCAUACCUUAAACAUUGCCAGUCUAGGUACCUAGAUCUUUAAAAGGGAAGAAGAGAAUACCUUCGAUAUAAACACUUGUCAAUUUA